CGCAGUACGAGCUGUGCGCUGGCUCUUGCAGACAGCUGACACGCGAGAAGCAUUUAGCAGCACUGCAUGCAUGGCAACCCAGAGAAAUGCCGUUUUUUAACAUGCACCUGUGCAGCGCGCCGUGUUUCUCUGAGGCCAUUAACCCGCAGCCUGGUUGAAAUAGUGCUCUGAAUCGACAGCGAACUGGAAAUGUCACGGAGACUCAACUAACCGCUCUGCAGCUUCUUGACUUUUUAAACCUCCUUGAAUUACUCGAAUCACAAAUCAUAGUUGAAUUCUCUUUUUAAUCGAAUGCGCCAAAUUGUUGUCACUCGCGCUGGCGAUAGUAAACAGUACUGAAAUAUUUACGGGGAGAAGGAAGGAGGCGUGACAGGAAACCCCCCCAAAUUAGGAGCUGCUUCCUGCUGUCUCUGGGUUCACCAUGCUGCGCUUGAUCCGCGUGCUUGAGCGUGUACGCGCGUGUAGCGAGGUUCCCGCGCGCAACCGACUCUGGACCAAAGUCACCGAGCUGUCAGUGAGACUCUCCAGCACCAAAGCUGCUCCGCGGCUCCGAAGAAUGGACUACCAGGAUGCGGUUUGCACCCUCAACACCCUCCAGACGAACGCCAGCUCGCUGGAGCAGGUGAAGAGAGAGAGAGGUCAUCCUCAGCUCCAGCUGCAGGCCAUGAGAGGCUUCCUCCAGCGGGCAGGACUUAAGGUAGAUGAACUUGAUCGUCUAAAUAUUAUUCAUGUAACUGGAACGAAAGGAAAGGGUUCAACAUGUGCCUUUACAGAACAGAUUUUGAGAAACUAUGGCUUCCGGACUGGAUUCUACAGUUCACCUCAUUUGGUGCAAGUGAGAGAGCGAAUCAGAAUCAACGGGCAGCCAAUAGGAAAAGAGCUUUUCACCAAAUACUUCUGGCAGGUGUAUUGUCGACUGGAGGAGACAAAGGAUGCACAUUGUGGCAGCAUGCCUGCUUAUUUCCGCUUUCUCACCAUCUUGGCCUUUCACAUCUUUCUACAGGAGAAGGUUGAUUUGGCCGUCUUUGAGGUUGGGAUCGGUGGAGCGUAUGACUGCACUAAUAUCAUCAGGCGUCCCUGGGUGUGUGGCGUCUCCUCUUUAGGCAUAGAUCACACCAGCAUACUGGGAGACACAAUUGAGAAAAUUGCCUGGCAGAAAGGAGGGAUUUUUAAGCCAGGAGUUCCUGCAUUCACGGUCAAACAGCCUGAUGGGCCGAUGAAGGUGCUUCAAGAGAGAGCAGAAGAAAUCGGGUGUUCGUUAUCAGUGUGUCCUGAUCUGGAGGAGUAUCAGAGCGAGGCUUCGCUCCGGUUGGGUUUAGCCGGUCAUCAUCAGCGCAGUAAUGCUUCUCUGGCUCUACAGCUCUCUCACACCUGGCUGCAGAGACACUUCCUCACUGAUCCUGUGUCAUCAUCUGCAGUGGAGUUCAGCGGUGUGAGUCCAGCUCAAGCCUUCCAGCCCAGUCCGGCAAUGAUAAAAGGUCUUGCGGAGACUGAGUGGCCUGGGCGCAAUCAAACACUAAAACACGGUCCUGUGACGUAUUUCCUGGAUGGAGCUCAUACCACACGCAGCAUGCAGGCCUGUGUCCGCUGGUUCAGCGAGAUCGCACCACAACAUGAGAGAAAUGCAGGGGGUUCAGUGGUGAGGGUGCUCUUAUUCAACGCUACAGGAGAGAGAGACUGUGCUGCUAUGCUCAAACUGCUCGUACCCUGUCUUUUUGAUUUCGCCGUGUUCUGUCCGACCAUCACAGAAGCAAUAGCGACCUGUAAUGCAGGUAAGAGACGCUUCCCGCCGUCAUCCUGUGUAAGAGAUCCAGACGCAGAAGAUGAUAUGAGAUCUAGUCAAUCAAUAAGAGGUGAAGAUAGAUGUUUUGAGUGGUUCAGGACCAAUCUUU